AUGUCAUUGGCUGAUCUACCAGAAACAAAUCUAGACGGACAUUUCCCCAGUGUGGCCUUAGAAAACGGCAGGAGGUCUGCACAGUCCAGGAGGAACAGCCCCAGUUUUCAAAGAAACAGUAACGCUUCGGAUAAGAGUGUUGAUUAUAGCAGGUCUCAGUGUUCCUGCAGAAGUUUAAGUUCUCAGUACGAUUAUUCAGAAGACUUUCUCUCUGAAUAUUCAGAAACAGCUGUUACUAAAAAUUAUUUAGAGAAGCUUGUAGUGAAAGAAAAAAAGGAGGAGAAGAAAAACUAUAAUGUGUCUAAAAUCUCCCAGCCUAAAGGCCAGCAGGAAAUCUCAGCCGAAAAAAAGCACAACUGGAAUACUGCAUUUUUUAAUUCUCAAAUCAAUAUGGUUAUGCAGAGAAGAGAUGCUAUGACUCACCGCGUACUCUCAGCAAGACUUCAUAAGAUUAAAGAACUGAGAAAUGAAUUAGCUGAUCUACACCGCAAACUGGAAGCCACAGCCAUAGAAAACCAGUUUCUGAAACAACUUCAGUUUAGGCACUUGAAAGCGAUAGGAAAAUACGAGAAUUCACAAAAUAAUCUACCUCAAAUUAUGGUUAAACAUCAGAAUGAAGUAAAAAAUUUAAGGCAGCUACUUAGGAAAUCCCAGGGAAAGGAGAGAACUGUGUCUAGGAAACUUAGAGAAACAGACAGCGAGCUGUUGAAGACGAAAGAUGCCUUGCAGGCCCUGCAGAAGCUUUCUGAAGACAAAAACCUUGCAGAGAGGGAAGAACUUACUCAAAGAUUGUCUGUUCUUACGACAAAAAUGGAGGCAAAUGACAAAAAAAUACAGAACUUGGAGAAACAGCUGAGGCUGAACAACAAAGCCUUUACCCGGCAGCUGGCCAGCGAGAGCCAGAAAACCUUAGCAGCUCACGCAGCUACGAACGCUCUGCAGCUGGAAGUCAAGCGCCUGCAGCAGGAACUUAAGGAGAAGGACAGAGAGCUGGAAAUUAGAAACAUCUAUACUAAUCGGAUACUUAAAAAUCUACAUGACAAAGAAGAUUAUCCAAAAGUUUCUUCAACAAAGUCAGUACAAGCAGACAGGAGAAGUUUUUCCUUUACAAGUGUGAGACACCAGGAAACCCAAAAAUCAGAAGAUGUUCCAUCUCUGGCAACUAAGGGUAAAAAGACAACAGGAAACAUUGGGCAUAAAGAAAAACCAACUGAAAUAAUCUAUGCACUUUCUCACUGUAUCAGCAAAUUCCCAAACCAAGAGGAUUCCAAGAGAAAACAAGAAGGCUUAUCCCAGGACGGGGGGCGUCCGGAAGCAGAGCCGUCUCUGGAGAACGCUGGGCCGCAGAGAGAGACAGUGGCCGAUCCAGACAGGAAACCCACGUUACUGAAGCAACAGGAACUGCCACCGAAAGGCGCUCAGAUGACCCAUCCUGAAGGGGAAGGCGGUCAGGAGGACGAGCCAGGAAAAGAAGAGUUUAGACGAAGUCCGGAAGUCAAUGACACGGGCGACGUGCCGGAUAAAAACGCCGCUCCAAGUGUCAAGACACCCUUCAGACAGAGAAAGCGUUACUCCUUCACAGAAGCCACGGAAAACCUGCACCAGGGGCUCCCCGCCGCGGGGGGCGCGGCCGCCCCGGGCGGCGCCAGGGCCGCGCUCGGCACCGGCCGGCGUCGCGGGCCCGCGGGGGAGCCGAGGCCCGAGGGGCCGGCCGGCGCCGGCCCGCCCUCCUGCGGGAGGUCCUCCCGAGCAAGCGGGAAGGACACGGCUUUCAGGGAGAAGAAAAGCAGUCUGAUGGAAGAGCUCUUCGGCUCAGGCUGCAUCUUAAAAAACGACCAAGCUGGUCCUGCGGUCGUUAAAGAGCCUGAGGAGAGGCUGCAGAGUGAGAUGCACCGCGUGCCUCCUGGUCAGGCCUCCGCCAGCAAUGCUUUCGGAGAUUCUAAAGUAACUGUGGUCAGUUCUAUCAGGUCAUCUUCACCGACAGAAGGAAAGAGGAAAAUAAUUAUUUAAAUAUAAUCAAUAUCCUAACCCACUCUGGUUUGAUAUUCUGGUCUUAUGUGCCUUGAA